CAUUGACUGUCCCACAUUCAGAGCCCCUGUUUACUGUUUCAGAAUCAGGCUUAGCUUGAACAGAGUGGGACUCCACAGGAUAUCAUAUGCCGAGCUGAGGAGAAGGGCAGAAGAUCGAGACAGAGAGAGAGAGAGGGAGUGAGAGAGUGAGAGGCUUAGGGGGAAGAGAGAGAGGGGGUCGACUGAUAGGAAAGAGAGGAAAAGAGGAGAGAUUCAGGGAAGCAAAAUAAAUUACUUUCUUUGAGAGAAAAGGACCAAACAGAAGAGGAGAGAUGACUGAGGCCCUUUCUAGUCCCAGAAGGUCUCUGGUUCACAGCCACCUGAUGGGGAUGCUGCUGCUGUCCUUCUGGAUCCAGACCCAUCCAGGGGCUGGCAUGGUGAAGGUGGAGGAGGUCCAGAUGGGAGGUGGGGAGACGAUCAGCCACUCCCUGGCCCUGGUUCAACGGCUGGAAGCCCUGCUGGCCCAGGGGAACGGCAGCGACGUGACCCUACGGGUUCAGACAGUGGAAACAGAGCAGGUGAAGGUGGUCCAGGCCCAUUCCUUGGUUCUGUCCCUUCAGAGCCCUGUGUUUGAGGAGCUGCUGGUCAGUCGCAACGGCACAACUCUGGUUCUGUUGGAGACCACCGAGUGUGCUGACGUUUUUGACAAGUUCAUCAGGUACCUGUACUGUGGACAGAUAUCCCUACGUCUGGAGCAGGCCACCCCUCUACACAAACUGGCAACCAAGUAUCGUGUCCAGGGCCUCCAGCACGGAGUCAGUCAAUACAUGACCCAGAACCUGGCUGUCCACUCUCCGUCUGGACACGUCGUGGGAUGGUAUGAGUAUGCCCUGCAGACCGGAGACGAAGCCCUGAGGGACAGCUGUCUACAGUACCUGUCCUGGAACCUGUCCUCCAUCCUGAGGACUAAUGAGUGGACCUCCGUCAGCAACCAGCUGCUCAUGACCCUACUGAAACGCUCAGACCUUAUCCUGCAGAGUGAGAUGGAGCUGUUCGCAGCGCUGGAGGCCUGGAUCAACCAGAACGAGCCAGAUGGUCUGAUGGCGGAGAACGCCCUCAGGGCCGUGCGCUACGCCAUGAUGCCCCCGCGGGAGCUGUUCCGUCUCCAGACCCAGUCCCCACUUCUGGCUCGCUACCAGGAGUCCGUGCGUGACCUCCUCUACCUCUCCUACCAGUUCCACUCCGCCUCCCCCCUCCACAUGGCCAAAUACUUUGACGUGAACUGCAGCCUCUUCACGCCCAGGAACUACCUCUCCGUGGCCUGGGGGAGUCCGUGGGUCAUCAACAAUCCGACCCGGGACGACCGCAGCAUCAGCUUCCAGACACAGCUGGGUCCCAGCGGUCAUGACGCUAACAAGAGGGUGACCUGGAACGCCCUGUUCUCGCCUCGCUGGCUUCCCCUCAGCAUGAGGCCCAUGUUCUCUGAGCAGGGCUCCAUGCAGCCCAGCCGGGUCGACGGAGGGCGCCCACGCAUCAUAAUCACCCCUGCCACGUCCAGCGCAGACUUUGCCGGCGUGAGUUUCCAGAAGACGGUGUUGGUGAUGGCGAGGCAGCAGGGCCAAAUGGUGGUGAGGCACGUCUACAACUUCCACCAAAGCACAGAGGAGACCGGGAACUUCCUGGUUGAUGCCGACCUGGUCCGCAAGACCUCCGACUACCUCACCGACAGCUCCCUGCACCUACACAUUGUGGUCAAGCCGCUCUACCAAACCCUCAUUGCUACAAAGAAAUGACCCCCCCUCCCAUUUCUUUACCCUUUGACCUGAGAAUGCACUUGUUGUUCCUCGGUGGGAUGUGAAGGGGAGCACGAGUGCCUCUUUUGGAGAUGUGUCCCUCCUCAAUCUCCAUACAAGCAGGUGGACACCAUGUAAGCUAAGCUCUGCCCUCUCAAAGCAUUACACUCAUAUCGCAAGAAUACGCAUCGUCAAGGAAGAACCCAGCUGCCCCCAUCCACAACGGGUGGGUUAAAUGAAUGAUAGUUUGAUAGCUUUUAGAGAUAUUUUGUAUUUAUUCAAGAUCAGCACGUCUUUCAAGCUUUGUUUUAGCUGUGUCUAGAAUGUUGUUUCUCUUGGUGCUAUUGUAACAGAGUCCCCUCAUGGGGAUCUUCGCCAUCCAAAAUGGUAGUCCCUCGUAGGUGCUCAUCACCAGUCUGUCCCUUUUGUAGAAGCCCUAGGCCGACAAACCAAAGUACCAGAUAGUGAAAUGAGGUUGGACUCAUUUAGUCAGUUUGCAUAGGGAAUAAAAUAAUGUUAUCAAAAACAAGUAGAUUAGGAUUGUGACUUAUCUGAAUUCAU